AUGCUGAAUUUAAAGAAGCAUUCUGAAUAAGAUGUGGACUCUUUGAUUGAGUCAAUGCUUAGAUUGAUUGAAUACAUGAAUAAUAACCCUUCUAUAAAACGUUAAAUUUUUGAAUCAUUCAAUUAAGAAGAUUUAUAGAAAAUUUUGAAGAAUUUGAAUGAAAAAAAAAGCAUUCAUCUUCGUAAAGUUUCUUGCAUAUUUUUAUGUAUUGUACUUUAGAAUGAAGAGAAUUGUGAAAAUUUUAUGAAACUUUGUGAUUUACUUCCAAUCAAUUCCAAGAUUUCUUUAAAUGGUAUUCCUGAAAAAAUGAGUUAAUACAUAACAAGUGAUUUGUUAUAAAAGCUGAAUUAAGUUUAACCUUCUGAAAAUAGUUUAUGUUGGUUCUAUACAUUAUAAAUGGCAAAAGAGAAGUUACCAAACUUAGCUUAUUUUUAACUUAACACAAAAGAAUUAAAAAAAUCAAUUAAUGAUUUUAUCGAUCCUUCUGAAUGCAUGAUUGGAACUACUUAUAGAAAACUUCCCAUAAAGCCCCUCUAAACAGAUACUUAAAAUUGGAGCAAUAGAAAUGAGCAUCAUCAUAAAAUGAACAUUUCUCCUGUGAGUAAAUAAAUGGCUUCAUUGAUCUUACCUUUAAAGGAAAUAAAUAAUCCAAAGUAUUAUUAAAGAUAUGUUGCUAAAUCUAUAAAUUAAUAGUAAUUUAAAAACAUACUUUCGAAUACAGCUAGAGCAGACACAUCUUAUGAUAAGCAUUAACCAAGAUCAGAAAUUUUGAAGAAUAGGUAUUCAUGA